AUGAAACAAGAAAAUCUUGACCAUUGUUCUGUAGUCUUAUUUAAAAUUGAUCCACAACUUAUUCUUGAAUAUUCUGCAGGUUUCGUGAGUCUAUCAAAGAACGACUCCAUGCAGCAAAAAGCAGCCGAUGCGAAUAUAAUACCUCUUCUCAUCGAAAUGUGUGAUGAAUAUCCGAUGACAUUCGACAUCCUAUGGGCACUUUCAUUCAAUACAGAUAUUCAACAACAGCUACGUUCUAAUAAAUCAUUCAUGGUCAAACUCGCUCAUCUAGAAGAAGACAGUGGCAAUCAGCAGAUGCGUAAAAUUACAAAUGGGAUCUUAUGGAAUCUUGAAUCCAAUCAUAAAGAACGUGCAACAUCAGAAACCAAUGAUGUAAUGAUGUUUGACAUUAUGAUCAGUUACUCACACAAAGACAAAGUACUUUGUAAACAACUGUAUGAAGAGCUUGCUCGAGCUGGCUAUCGUGUAUGGAUUGAUUUCGAUCAAAUGCAUGGAAACGUGAUGGAUGCUAUGGCACAAGCAAUCGAACGAUCACGCGCAAUCAUCAUUUGCAUCAGUGAAGAAUAUCGACGAAGUAACUAUUGUCGAGCUGAAGCACAUUAUGCAUUUCAACGUCAACUCAGAAUUGUUCCAGUUCUACUACAAAAAAGUUAUAAACCAGAUGGUUGGCUUUUGUUUCUGAUCGGUCAAUUACUGUAUGUAGAUUUCACUAAAAAUGAGUUUCCUCGAGCGAUGGAAAUCUUGGUGAAGGAACUCAAAGCUCUAGUGAUACCUGAGACCUAUGUAGCACGUGUUCAGCCGAAAAAAGACACUGAUACCGUACGUCCUGUCGCACCUGUUUCACCAACACCAUCGCCCUCACUGAUACUUCCGGAUAAUAUCCUUGAAUGGACACAAAUACAUGUACAAGAUUGGCUAAUUGGACAUAAUCUUGUACAAAUGUCUCGUCUUCUCGCUAAUUGUGAUGGAUCGAGUUUGAUUUAUCUGAACGAGUUUAUAAAAAAUUGUGAACCGCAACAGGUUUUGAAGCUACUUCAAGAAGAUUCGGUUCGACGAACAAAGGAAAGUUUAUCACUGGUCGAAUUAGCUUGUUUCCGUUCUGGUAUAGAUCGACAAAAACAAUGA